CUACUCCAUCACAAUUCACAUCAACUCGCCACGUAGUACCUACGAGCGAUCAGAGGUGAGAGAGCAAUGGGGAGGCAGCCGUGCUGCGACAAGGUGGGGCUGAAGAAGGGGCCGUGGACGGCGGAGGAGGAUCAGAAGCUCGUCGGCUUCAUCCUCGGCCACGGACAAUGCUGCUGGCGCGCCGUGCCCAAGCUCGCCGGGCUGCUGCGCUGCGGGAAGAGCUGCCGGCUGCGGUGGACCAACUACCUGCGGCCGGACCUCAAGAGGGGACUCCUCUCGGAGGACGAGGAGAAGAUCGUCGUCGACCUGCAUGCCCAGCUAGGCAAUAGGUGGUCCAAGAUCGCGUCGCACUUGCCAGGGCGGACGGACAACGAGAUCAAGAACCACUGGAACACGCACAUCAAGAAGAAGCUCAGGAAGAUCGGCAUCGACCCGCUCACACACAAGCCACUCCCGGACGCUUCUCCUCGGCACCAGCCGGAGCAGAAGCUCCCGGCUCCGGAGGAGAAGCUUCCGGUUCCGGAGGAGAAGACGGAGACGGUGGCAGACCAGAGAGACGAGCGCGAGGAGCAGAUCAUCCUGACCAAGUCACCCGGUUUCUGCACCGACGAGGUGCCGAUGCUCCUCCCCGACGAGAUGGUGGUGCCAUUGCGCGACCCACCUCCGCCUCUGGCGCCACCGGCGUCCUCAUCAACGAUGUGCACCGCCGUCUCCACGCCGACCACGUCCUACUGCUCCUCCUCGGCGUCCACCGGCUGUGAAGACGACACCCUGUUCCCGAUCGCGGAGUGGCCGGACACCGCGUACCUGAUGGGGCUGGACGACGACAUGAUCGCGGCGGCGUCGGCAUCUUGGGAGGACUGCCUGGCGCAGCCACCGCUACAGCCGUUUGCAGAGGACACCUUCGGCGCGUACAUGUACCAGAGUAGCAGUAGUGCUUCGUUCGACCAGCAGGAGGCGAUAUGGAACAAGCUGGAGCUCUUCUAAUUUACUAACACACCCCGCUCAACUAAAUUUUACAGUGUUUAAUUUGUAACUAAUACCACUGCGUUUUCUGGUUAGCUCUAGUAAUUAGUACUACUAUGAACCUGAAUAGUAGUGCAGUGCGAUGUGCUUAUCUUCGUUUUACAGAAUUCGCUUACUAGCCUAGACUGCUCGAGAGAAGCACAAUACCAACAACUGAAGCUAGGAGAAAGACAGGGAGUGUUUAUCUUC